AUGCGGCUUCCACCCCCUGAGGUUUUGAUGUCAUGGCCGACACCCAACUAUACCGAUCCCCCGACUCGCGGCAACUCUGCGUUCAUAGUCAACGUUGUCGGUACCUCUUUGGCAUUCGUCGUAACCUGCCUUCGCCUCUAUACUCGUCUACGAAUCACAUGCAGCCCUGGAUUUGAUGAUAUCUUGAUCGUGAUUGCUCUGAUCUUUGCAAUUGGCAUGUGCGCAGUCAUAUCGAUGGCAACCGAGCAGUGGGGAUGGGAUAGACACAUGUGGGAUGUUCCGUUGGAAUGGAUUCCCACGAAUUCCAAACUCAACCUUUCCUUCCAACUUCUCUUUUCCUUGGCUUCGUCAAUCACCAAGCUCUCCGUUCUAUGGUUUUGCAAACGCCUUCUUGGACGUGGUAGCAAGGGCUUGUACCGGUGGUACAACGUUGUCUUGAUCGUCGCCAUGGUUUUUGUCACGAUCUGUUGCACUCUCUUCACUGUGCUAUCCAUUUUCCAAUGCAAGCCUAUACACGCGUACUGGGACUUCAUGCCGAAAUAUCCACACCACUGUAUGAACGACGGUUAUAUGGUGUUUUCUGCUAGCGUCGUCAACAUCUUUACCGAUUUCCUUGCCACGGUUCUUCCUAUGCCAUUGAUCUGGAACCUGAAGCUUCCCGCCCGACAACGCAUCGCAGUGAUCUCGAUCUUUGGACUGGGUAUCGUGGUCAACGUCGCGGGUUCGAUUCGGACGGUAUAUGUGUGGAAGAGUAUGGUUGCCUCUUACGACACAACUUGGUUGGGAUGGCCGGUCUUGCUGGCCGCGACCAUAGAGAUAAGCAUUGGCUUGAUCUGUGCGUCGGCACCUGCGUUGAGGCCACUCAUUGCAUUCUUCCUGCCUCGCUUGCUUCAAUCCAGCCGCAACUACGCAUCGUACGACCAACAGAACCCCUCUCAAAAGCUGUGGGGUUCGACCGGUCGCUCCAAGAAUUCCAAGCAUGAGUCGCGCCAUUACGGCAAUGCGCUGGAUCGUAUGGAGGUUGUGCGGACGGUCGAAAUGGAGACGUGGACAGAGUCGAGGGAUCCAAGCGAUGCCAUGGAAAACAACGCCGGGGUCAAAUCGAACCAUACUCGGGUUGCAACUCCGACUCACAAGUUCGAAUUGAAGGACAGCGGUACCGUGAUUACUUCGCCAGGUAGCGAUGGAUCUACGAUCUCUCUCACGCGGGAAUCACUCCCCGAGUCACCAUUCGGCGACAGGAGUUAUAUUUGA